AUGUCUGCCGAGGAGUUUGAGCGUUACAAAAAGUUGGUCUCCAACCUGCAGUCGAACCUGUCGAUUCCGGAGAAGAUCGAGAUGUACGGCCUGUGGUGUGUGGCGACUCAGGACAAGUGCACACAGAAACAGCCGUCCCGUGCCAACCUGGUAAGGUACAGCAAAUGGGCUGCGUGGAAGAAGUACGAGCACCUUGGUCAGAAAAAGGCCCGCGAGCUCUUUGUUGAGAAGGCAAAGACUAUCGUAAACAAAUACCCAUCCAGGUUGUGA